AGCAGAGUGACAGUUGAUUUGACCAAGACGAAGCUCACGAGCGGUGACGUCUCUUUCUGCGCACCGGGCGGGAUAUCCGCAGUAGUAAGCUAACUAAUAACAUGGCGAAGACUUACGAUUACUUGUUUAAACUACUUUUAAUCGGCGAUUCAGGCGUCGGGAAGACCUGUGUGCUAUUCAGAUUUUCGGAGGACGCCUUCAACUCAACGUUUAUCUCCACUAUAGGUAUUGACUUCAAGAUCAGAACAAUAGAAUUAGAUGGAAAGAAGAUCAAGCUACAGAUAUGGGAUACAGCUGGACAGGAGAGGUUCAGGACCAUCACAACAGCCUACUACAGAGGAGCCAUGGGCAUCAUGUUAGUGUAUGACAUUACCAAUGAGAAGUCCUUCGACAACAUCAAGAACUGGAUACGGAAUAUAGAAGAGCAUGCUUCAGCAGAUGUGGAAAGGAUGGUCCUCGGGAACAAAUGUGAUGUCAAUGACAAGCGACAGGUGUCCAAAGACAGAGGAGAGAAGCUGGCGCUGGAGUAUGGUAUCAAAUUCAUGGAGACCAGUGCAAAGGCGAACAUCAACGUGGAGAACGCCUUCUUAACCCUCGCCAGAGACAUCAAAGCAAAAAUGGACAAGAAGCUGGAGGGCAACAACCCGCAGGGCAGCAGUCAAGGAGUAAAGAUUACAGAACAGCCCAAGAAGAGCAGUUUCUUCCGCUGCACGCUUCUGUGAGGAAAAACAGGAGCUUCGGCAUCCACCAUCGCCUUAACUGUGUCCCCCACUGGACAGAACUGGACAGAGCACACGCUGAUCUCUCUUUUAUCCUCCCUCACUCGUCUUCCUCCUUCUCGCUCUGAUUGUUCUGUGCUUACCUAGUUGGAAAAACAAAAUGUUUUUCGCUUUAUUGCUUUACCGGUCUUCCCUCGACACCUGUGAAUCUAACCACUGCGGCCUCUGUUACGUGCUAAGUCUGAUUUUCUUUUUUAUACUUGCUCAGUAGAUUGACAGUUUCGACUUGAUUCCUUAGAUUUUAUUGACUUUUAAAGACUGCCUCUAGAAACGAUCAAACGUUUACUACUCACAAUAAUGUCAGUAGCUGGUUUCUUUCAGUGUAGCUAGGUGAAGUCUUAUUUAUACCAUCCCUGUCACUAAAAGCAGGCCACAUUUACAGUUACUGGUUCAAUGGGCGUCCUAAUUUCGAAUAUACUAUAUCAGUUAAAUAAUGUGACCUAUUUAUCCAUGGUGAUGAGAGUAUAAUCCCAGUUGAUUACUGUUUUGUUUUUGUUUUUUACUGACUGGGUGGCCUAGACUUUUAUACAUCCACAAAAGGUAAAUGCAGCAUGUAAAUACAUAUCACUGAUUAUGAUUCCACAUAUGAAACAGUUGUGCCAGCACAUUUUACUCAUAUCAACAUUUGGGUUUACACUUUCUCUGUACACCUUUUCUACAAGUGUCUUUUUUGUUGAUUUCUUCAGCUGAAACAUUCCUCUUGUAAACUCUUUGAUGUGCAAUGUAAUGUGUAUGUGAGGCCCAGGUUUUGUCUAUCUCAAAGGAACACUUCACCCCAAAAUCCAAAAUAUGUGUUUUCCGUCUGACCUGUACUGCUAUUUAUCCAUCUACACAGUUUGGGUGCGAGUGGUUGAGUUUUGUAAAUAUCAGCUGUAGAGAUGUCUGACAUCUCUCAAAUAUAAUGGAACUAGCUGGCACUCUUGUAGCUUGUAGUGCUCAAAGUGAAAAAGAUAAAACUGAACAACAUCUCUUUUUCAGAGCUCAUGAUCCGGUUUCUCAAGAUAAUCCACAGUCCUUUCCUAUCACUGCACACAAGGUCCAAGCAUCUACUCAUGGAAGAGAAGUUAAUGCUUCAGCUAAGCCGUGACAUUGGCUGGCCAAGUUAGUCAGCCUCUUGUCCUUGAGUAGAUACGUACUUCCUUCUCUGCUGUGAUACAGAGAGAAAAUAGGUCUUCCAUGAAACUGCUCACAACAAGGUCUUGGGAUAUUUUUGAGUAGCUGUUUCAUAAUUUCAAAUAUAUGUAUUUAUUUUUAGGUGCCUUAAACAACACAAGUUGAGUCCAGGCCAUUAUAUUCAAGAGGAGGCAGACAUCUGUGCAGCUGACAUCUUCAAAACUAGGUCACUCAUACCAAAGCAUUCUAGAUAGAUAGAUAAAUAAUGGUACAGGUAAGACAAAAAAUGUGUAUUUUUGACUUUUGAGCAAACUGCCCCUUUAAGUAUUCACAUGGCUUCAGUAGGACUGGGUUCUUGACAGAGUAUGUGUGUUUUAAGGGCACACACACAGAUUCAUUUUUGUCGUUGCGCACCUCAUCAUUUUAGGUAUUGCACUUUCUAUGGAUGAGAAAGAUGAGGUUGGUGUGACGUAGACGGUUAUUUGAUGCGCUUCACCUUGUGCACUAGCAAUACCUUAACUCUAACACCUGGAGGCGACACAGUCACACAGCAGUGAGGAAAUCAUUGUUUUAUGCAUUCACACUUCUUCCAAUGUUGUCAGUUCCAAAUGGGGGAACAUGCACGCAACUGUUUUCUGGGCCUUGGAUCGGGGCUGUGCUGUAGCAGUAUUUAUGGAGUGAAACAAAAACAUAGCACCAAAAUGACAAAGUGCCCUUAAAUGUUCGUAUCGAUAAUGCACUUUUCCUUUGUUCUUUCUGUAAAAAAGAAAAAAAAAAGAGUUCUUAACAGUUGUUGACUGUGUUUUGUUUAAAGUCUUAACUGAGCGCAAAGAAUAUUAAUGCACAAGUUUUCCAUCUGGGCUUCCUGAAACAUCUGAGCACUGAAACCUCGUCUUAUUGGUUACAUGAUGAAAAUAUACAGAAGGCUGCUGAUUUAGAAAUGCUUGUCAUUCCCACACCCAUCAUUCCCUUUAAUGGAUUCUUUUUUUUUUUCCUUAUUUUUUUCAUUUCAUUUCACUUUCUAUUUCAUUUGAUGUUUUGGGAACCACACAUGCAUCUAGUUUCCCACUUACUCCCUCCCCUCUAUCUCCUCUCUCCAGAUACCCCGAUGUCUUGUUUCAUGGCCACCUGAAUUAUGCAGAAAACCUCAGAUAGCUUUGCACAUGUGACUUGAUGAGCUUCAUUUGAGAUUAGAAAUGUGCGAAGGAUCCUUGUUUGUUGUUUGAUUUUCUGUCACUCCAAAUUCAAUUGCAUUUGCUCAGACAUGAGAAUAGGAAAUUAACUGAAAGCUGAUUGAGCUCACCUCUGAAGUAUCACAGUGAGAGCAGAUCAUUUCUAGUGGUGCUGAAGAGUCAUCGAAUUGAAUAUGCAAUUGCAUAGAUGUUAACCUGUGGAUUUAAAUCACUGUUUUGUUGGACUUGGUGGUUAGACAAUUUUGGUUUAACUGGCGCUCACAGAUUUGGUCAAUUCAUGAAAAAAAUGCAGGUUUUUAGACUUGAGUUUGGCCUUAAUUUAGUCUGAAAUGAGCUCAGUUGCUCUUUUGAUUGGAGUCAUCUGUCAUUUUCACCAACUGUAAAUUUGCCAGUUCUUCAUGAACACAUGUUCAGUAUUCCCUAGCUAAAUUUGGAUUUUAAUUGUGAUUUCAUGGGGGUUAAAUUAAAUAAUUCAGCAAUUGUAAAUAAGAUCUACGAUGAUUGUACUUCAUAAAUCUUAUUGAUCUACGCCUUUUGUAGAUAUGUGUACUUUUGAUGAUUUAUUAAAAAUGAGAUUCUUAAAGAAAUGUAUAG